AGAUCGAGUAAAUGGAGGAAAACUAGUCGCAGUAAGUUAAAACAGCAACACGCACUUUGUUCUACUUUAUCUCGGUUAAUCAGCUAGCAGCAGUUUCUCUAGUUAGUUAGCUUGUUGUGUAACUAGUGGAUCAAUGAACGAGUUGGACCGGGCGCUGGAUUCAAGGUCAGACAGACCUCACAGUGACCGGGAGAGCUGUGUGUGUCCUCUGAUGAAGACGCCUGUUGGAACGCUCAGAUGCCACGAGGCCGGAUGACGCCAUUGCUGACCGGAAGUGGCCGUUGGUUUCAUCUUCAGGACCAUGAACUGUUUCUCCAGGACAGAUGACGAACUUUCCUGACAGAUCUCUGCUCUUAAUGACCUCCUCAUCGGAUCUAAGAAGACGUCCCGAGUCCAGAUGAGUAUCCAGGAGGAGAGCAUACAGCCCGAAGGCGCCACGGCGAUGGCUGGAGCAUCGGCUCCGCCCCUCUCCCCCUCAGACUAUGGACUGUUGUCUCCGCCUCCUGACCUGUGCGCCGUAUGCGGCCACAUACACCAGCUGGAGGAGAACCACGAGUACCUCUACAAAGACGAGGUGGACGACGACCUCGUCUGUCACAUCUGUCUGCAGGCGCUCAUCCGGCCGCUGGACACGCCCUGCGGACACACCUACUGCCAGGAGUGCCUCACCAGCUUCCUGCUGGAGAGCGAUUUCUGCCCCGUGUGCCGCGCGUCGCUCAUGCUGCAGAGCUGCAGGAAGCCCAGCCUGCUAGUGCACAAGCUGCUGGACAAGCUGACCGUGGCGUGUCCCUUCAUCGACCACUGUACUGAAAUGCUGGCCCGUGGCGAACUGGAGGACCACAUCAAGAGCAGGUGUAAAGGAGCCUCUCACUAUGGGCUCUCGGCAGACAGGAAGCGGCGCUCGCAGGAGGGCGAGUGCACCGACAGCACGUCGGAGCUCACCAUCGCCACGCUGCCCAACGACCCCACCGCCGCCGCAGUGGCCCUCCUGUCAGACGAGCCCGGCCUGGUCAACCCCGCCUUCGACCCCAGCAUGGAGGACAACAGUCAGUCGGGCAGCACCACCAGCCUCGCCGCCCGCGGCAGCAGCAAGAAGAGUGAGUUCAGAAACUUUGAGCGUUCAAAGAGCCGCUCCUUCAGGAGGUUGAACCGGGCGUUCAGCGUCCUGAGGAGGACGAAGAGCGGCAACGCAGUGAGCAACGAGACAUCUGAGGAGAGAGACAAUGCCAGGAACUCUAAUGUGCCACAGGAAGUGCUGGCUCUUCCUCAGCUGCAUCACCUGAUCCCUGACGGUGAACUCACCAGUAUUAAGAUCACGCGGGUGGAUCCCUCAGAACCGCUGGCCAUCAGCAUCGUCGGCGGCAAUGAGACCCCCCUGGUCCGCGUCCUCAUCCAGGAUAUCUACAGAGAAGGCGUCAUUGCUCGGGAUGGACGCCUGCUGCCUGGGGACAUGAUCCUGAAGGUAAACGGCAUCGACAUCAGCAACGUGCCCCACUGCUACGCCGUGGUGACCCUGAAACAGCCCUGCCAGCUCCUGCGGCUAACCGUGCUCAGAGAACAGCGCCAUCGCUACCGCUCGCACUCGCACGGCCACGGGCACGGCCACGACGUCGCCGGGGGCCUGCCGUCUCACGGUCUCCCGCACCAUCCCCUGAGGGACGAUAGCAUCCACGUGGUCCUGAACAAAUCCAAUCCGGAGGAGCAGCUGGGCAUUAAGCUGGUGAGGCGGCCGGAGGAGCACGGCGUCUUCAUCUUCCACCUGCUGGAGGGCGGCCUGGCAGCACGCGACGGACAGUUGUGCGUUGGCGACCGCGUGCUGGCCAUCAACGGGCACGAUCUACGUUAUGGAGCGCCGGAACACGCCGCUCUGCUCAUCCAGGCGAGCGAGGAGGGCGUCCACUUCAUCGUGUCCCGUCAGAUCUGCCUGCCGACCCCCGACAUCCUACAAGAAGCUCCGUGGGGGAUGGACGGACCGCCGCCUUACUCGCCCGUGGAUAUAGAGCAAACGCUACUGGACUCCUGUCAGAAGCCUGCAUGCUACGAGAAGACCGUCACUCUGACGAAGGAGCCGUACGACUCGCUGGGUAUGACGGUGGCGGGCGGCAUGUCCAGCCGAGGUUGGGACCUCCCCAUCUACGUCACUAACGUGGACUCUGACGGAGUGGUGGGACAGGAGGGCUCCAUCCGCAAAGGUGACAUCUUGUUAAACGUGAACGGGGUGGACUUGACGGGGGUGACGCGAGGCGAAGCCGUCGCCAACCUGAAGAACACCUCGUCUCCCGUCGUGCUCAAGGUCUUGGAGAUGCGUCCUCCGGAGGAGAGCAUGCAGGAGUGCCCGUUGCCGCCGUGUCUCGUCCCCUCGCCCACCGACAGCGCCAAGAGCCCGGUGCCCAACGACGACUACUCGCCGCUGUGGGUGUCAUGGCUGCAGCUACCCAGACAUCUCUACUGCUGUAAAGACAUCAUCCUGCGGCGGAGCACCUCGGGCAGCCUGGGCUUCAGUAUCGUGGGAGGUCAGGAGGAGGUCAACUGCAAUCAAUCCUUUUUUAUCCGCUCCAUCGUGGAGGGGACGCCGGCCUACAACGAUGGCAGGAUAAGGUGUGGGGACAUCUUGCUCGAGGUGAACGGGAAGAGUACGUGGGGGAUGACCCACACGGCGCUGGUGCGCCUUCUAAAGGAGCUCCGAGGCAGAAUCACCCUGACCAUCGUCUCGUGGCCGGGCAGCCUGCUGUAGCGGCGCUCCGAGUCGUCCGGCGCCGCUUCGGCGCCACUGACAGAGGAAUGUGGGAGGCAGAGCUUUAGACCGGCUGACCACCCUGAGCUCGCUGUGAGGGGACGAGAAGCGUAGAGCGGAGCUACAGCUGUGUGGAUAUCUCACUUCUGAUGGACCGCUGAGACUUUACCAGGAGUUUGAGAGGGACAAACAUGAGACUGGAUCGUUACCAGACGUUAAGUUGCCCCUCCGAGAACGCUGAGGAUCCAGCAGAGGACACGCUAAUGACGAGGACGUUGGUGUCAUCGGUUUGGAGGACACCGUCAUUCUCCGGGUGGAUCGAGAGGAGACACGACACGUUGCCAAUUCCAGUAGUUAUAUAUUAGGGUAUGCGUUAAGUUGGACUCACAUUUCUUUACUGUAAAUGUUGGGUGUCUAAAAAAAGUACUGAUCCAAGCACUUGUAAUACGUUUCUUUAGUUUGUUUGUGGUAUGGCCUUUAUCUUUAGGCUCCAUUCUGUUUGUACUGACAGUGGUUGUCUUCUUCUUCAUCAUCCGUUGACCUGAGGACACGUUGCCAAGUAGUCGUCUGUGUUGAGGUUCUUUCUUUUAUUUCUGAAGCUAUCGCUAAAUUCUCCAACCACUGGCAAUAAAAAAUAUAUUCAAAAAAAGAAUGGAUCAAUGUGUUCAUAACAUGUUAAAAAAGAGAAUAUUUAAUGAGGUGACAUUGUGGAGGCCUUACUAAUUUUCUUACUUUUAAGAAGAAAAAAACUCUGACUUGGUUUCUGUGUAUCGGCGGACGGCGUGAAGCCGUCUGCUGCGGUUCUAUCUGUCACGCUUCGGCCUGUGUAGUAUAUCUGAUGGUACUUUUGGUUAAAUGAUCAAUAAAGUCAUUUGAAAAAGAGA